GGUAACGACCCUGCAGCUCGUCAAAGUCACGACUCCAUGACCGACUCUCCGAUCCACAUCGAAUUGAUCAAUAUAUCAUGUUGAAUUUUGCGGCUUGCUGUGGUUACAUACCCUCAUGGAGGUUUUUGUAAUGAUUAGACUUGGAUAAUACUAGAUGCACCUUUUCAGCUUCCAGAAUGACCUCCUUACACGACAAACUCGAAUUGGUCAAAAGCGCACUUAGCUCGACAUCAACAAGCACCCCGGCGACGGUAUCUACCCUCAGCGACCUUUUGGCUCCGAAAACCGCGUCAAAUGGCCAAAAAGAUGCAAUUCCUGCUGCAGGAGUCGGGCGAAAAAGGGCGGCUACCCAGACUGCUCAGGUAAAGCCAGGGAGGACGACAAGACCGGCAACCAAGAAAACAUUAGCAGCAACCCAAAAGACCGAUAGCCAUGAAGCAGACGAAUUAUCUGCAAAAGAAAAGGCAAUCCUAGCCACCGGAGUUAUUAAUAUAACUCUCAAGACACUCAGCGCUGCUGCAACGCCCUCAAACCAAGUACGAAAGCAGCCACAAUCGCGUGGAGACCUCGAGACGCCUGUUCGCAAAGCUCUACGAAGGUCCAACUCUCUUCCUCAAUCACCGCUCCACCCGCGGUCAUUGAAUAGAGUUGCCAGUUCUCCGAAUGUCGCAAACCGCCUGAUGCGCUCUCCAUCCUCAUCCUCGACAUCUACAUCAUCGAAUGGUUCUGGUCCGAGAGCCGUCGCCGAAUGCUCGCGCAUUGCAUUCGCAUGCCUGCGGAUGCUACAAUCUUCGAAAACACCAACUAUCGACUUGCCUCCUAUGCAAAUAGAAAAUGGGAUGUCUGCGUUGGUGGGAAAAUUAAUAUUGCUGGGAUUGGACGACCUUGCGUUGAAGGAGCUACGGAUCUUGAAAAGGCGGUUGGAUACUGCAUUCAAGUCAUCCGAGAAGCCCCGCGCGAAGAAAGAGACAGCCAAAGAUAUAUCUCCUCCGGUUCCAAGCUUGUCACCGCUUAGAUUUGACGAGCUACUCGAAUUCGAAAUAGUGCCUACCGAAGGACCUUUGUUAAGCAUCGCCUUUACAACCCAGCUUCAAGCGCUCAAACUACUUACGACAUCAAAGAAACCGUCAGCAAUUAUAGCUUCCAUACCCAAGCUACAACCUGAAUAUCACUGCUCGCCGACUCAACUUCUGGUUCAAACUUCCAAGAUUUCAUCUUCUCUUGCGACAAAAUCGGCACGGCAGCUGGAGUCAUUGGCCCAGAUUAUACUUUCUCUAAGCCCGUCAAUCUCAUCCUCUGAAGAUACGGCCGCCGUUUCACCAAAAUUGCACGUCGGCCCAGAUGCAGCACUUCAACUCCAAACAAUUGCAUUUUCCACCCGAUACACAUGGUGGGCAAUCGCCGGCCAUAAGGGUGAUAUGGACAAUGACAUUUUCGAGCCAUAUUCUCGAUGCAUGGCAGCCUUUACCCGACGAAGCCGAGGCCUAGCAGCGUCUGCAUACGAAUGUGCCCUGCAAUCAUACAAUGCUCUUGUGGAUUUUACGUCUGCCCAAAAGAAAGGCCUGAAGGUUGCAACUGGCUCGUCGCUAUAUGUGAUCCAUAAGCUUCUAGCCUCGCUGGCACAAGAUUCCGGAUGCGACGGUGAAGCCAUAGGAUGGGUUGAAAAGCUUCAAGGCUGCGAGAAUUCAUCCGAAGCUCAAAAGUGCGCUAUCGCGGCGAAACUGGUAGCUUUGAAGCUACGGACCGAUUCGCACGACCCUAUCAUAGAAGAGCUGCUUAUGACAGUAGUUCAGGGCCUAGAGUCGUCUAUAAAGGGAGAUGGUGCAGAACUCGACGAAUUACUGACCGAGGUUUCCAGAGCAAGAAGAGCUGCAAUAAUGCUGGUGUCAAAAAAACCGGGAGCAAGUGAUGAUGCGCCUGCACCAAUAAAUGAAGGUGCACGACAAUUAUGCGAGUCCCUAGUUCUCCAAUGCCCCCGGUUUUCACUCAGAUAUCUGGGCAAAGCGCCAGGCAAUGAAGCAUCAACAAAAGUCAUAGUACGUUUCGAACAGCGACGCCACCACCUUGCUAGAAGCGUCCCUAGCACUGUGGAUUCUGCGCUAUAUCUGGCCAAAGUUCUUCGAACCCAAGGCCGAUUAACUUGGGAGAUUAUGGACUCUCUUCUUCAGGACUGCAUAGCACUACUAGAGGCCGCCGAUAUCUCCAUGCCAGACAACAAUAACGAUUCGGAUUCAGCUCGUACUUCAUACUUCGGCCGGAUUUCGAAUUUAUAUUAUUCGCAGCAUCUUGAUAUGCGCCGAGAUGCCUCCAGCCCUAAAGAUGUCCAGCAUUUGCGGCCCCUACGUCGAUCUAUUGAUUCGAUCCGCUCGAGGCCCGUAGCGGAGAGAAAAUCAGCCGCAUUUACCGCAAAACUUGAACGUAUGGGGGACUUACUUCGAUUCGCUGGACGUUUAGAUGAAGCCAGAGACAUUAUUCUGCUUCUUCGAGACGAAAUCAUCGCCGACGGUGCUUUGGCUCUUGUAGCAUCCGCUGCCUCAACCGUUCCCAUACGGGCUGCAUGGGACCAAACUGAAAAUACCUUGCUGCUUGCCCGGGCGUUUACCCUUUUACUGAAGCUCAAGAAAAAUGCGUCUAGCACGCUUCAAGACCUCUCGCCUAACGACGAGCCUUGGACCUCAGAGGAAAAAGGGGUGGUUUUUGAACACAUCCAAGAUAUUCUGUCUCGACAACCCGAAGCCUCACCCGAACUCCAGAAAGCCGUGUACAAGGAGCUCACCACCAUAUAUGAUGCCAGAACGUUUCCUAUCAGACGACUCCGGGUUCUGUGCAAUUUUGCGCAAACGAAUCCCGACCAGCGCCGUGAUAUUAUCGAGGAAGCGCGCAGUACGACAACUUUGGCAAGCGUUGAUUCAGUUGUUGCUAGCAGCAGUGAUUCCGGCCUCAACCAAUAUACGAUGCAUAUUCGGUCUUUAUUGACAAGCACGUUGGAGCUCAUGGAUGAUCAUCCAAGAAUAGACCUCAUCGAGCCACAUCUGGCAACCUGGUCCAGUAUUAUCGACAAAUGCAAAGACCAAGAAGCAUUAUCCCAGAACAUUGAUAAUGUGGACAUCCUGCAGGGUCAUUUACAAUCUGUUGCCGAUUUCUUAGAUAUGAAGGGAUACGGGAAAACGAGGGUGGCUGUUCUUCGAAUGAUUACCAACAUCGACGAAAUACCGCGCGGAUCAAACCCGGAUGAUGUCGUUCUUGAUUACUGUUUUUUGGCUAGCCAAUAUUUGGAACUUGGAUACUCUGGGAAGGCCGGACUUGCGUUAGACAAGGCUCAGUGCUUUGCCUCUUCUCAUGGAGUAACCCCGAGUGCAUCGAUACGGCGCCUGGUUGGUUACGCCGAUUACUUGCUCAGGGUGGGAAACCUCGAAAAAUGUGACGAAACACUAUCUCGCGCCCAUCAAGCUGCGGAGCACGAAAACGAGACUACGAAUGGUAGCAAUGCAAUAAGUUAUUCGGACAGGGAUGGGAAUGACCGCAUUAUAGCGGAUGCUUCCAUCGUUUAUUCAGAUCUUGCUCUCCAGCAAGGCAAACCACAAGAGGCUUUAAUCCAUGCGAAGCGAAGGUUAAGAAUAAUAGCCAGGGCGUGGAAGAGAGCAGAGAGGAACCAGCUGUCGCGAGUCAAGAAGAACCAAUCGUCUGAUGAUGCUGCGAUGGAAAAGCUGGUGGAAGAAAGCUCCAAUCUGAACUUAUCGACAACCUCUCCUGGAUCACCUCAAGUACAAAACACUGAUAUUGGGCCUUCGGCAUGGAUGCUGGCGCGACCAAUGUUUCGAUGCUUCGUACAUUUAUCACAGGUGUAUACCCACCACGGCAUGUUUCAGGACACCAUUUAUUACGCCGAGCAAGCCCACAAAAUUGCAGUAAGCAUUGAUUCGACGAACUACAUAGUGGAGGCUCUGGCAUUGAUAGGCGGCGCUUGGUUGAAAGCAGGGAAUACUGAAAAGGCGACUGAGUUUCUUACGAAAGCUAAGGACCUGGCUUCGGUACAAAAGGAGGCACAGACUUUGGUGGUUCUAAGUGGCAACCUCGGAAGCCUCCACAGCGCACAUGGCGACAAGACUGCUGAACUGGCUGCCUAUGGUGAGGCGGAACGUACACUCAAUUCGCUGACCAAUUCAACCUACAUCAGCGACCUGGACCGAGUCUUUGAUGUUACAGUUAUAUUACAGGCUGAGAUAUCGAGAUUGGCAAUUGAUGAUACCAAGAAAAGGGGGAGACCACAACGCAAAACUGUUGCAAAGGCGCCAGCGAGGAAAAGGGAAGCCGUCUCAAAACAACCAGCAACUUCGCCAAUCUCUAUUGCAGAGCAGUGUGUCGGCUUGGUGUCUCUCAAGGGAGCUAUUUUGCGUCAAAAGGCCAGGUCAUUUGCCCGGUGGAACCGUUUCGAGGACUCGUCAAUGGUUUUGGAGGAAGCUGCGGAAUACAGCCUCAGCUCUCUCGAUGCUAUUGAGACACAUGUUGCCCAAGCUGAGUGUUUGUUCCGGCAGAGCUCGGCAUUGCUGCCAGCCGACUCCGUUUAUUCCGUGCUUCAGGACUCAACAAUCUCCUUUCCGGCCGUUGUGGGCGCAAAGACGGCGUCUUUGGAGAGGGUAUCCGCAGUCCGCACCACGCCUCCAAAGAAAACUCACAACUCACCUCGCAAUGCUUCGCUGCCCCGCGGGUCGGCUAUGUCUUGGGUGGAUCCUCUAAAACAAGCCCAUGAUCAUCUGGUAGAAGCUUAUUCUACCGCGUCGCAAAUUUCGUCGACCCGGGUACUAACUCAAAUCGCAUCUUUCCUGAAUACAACGAGUCUGCUUCUCUCAACUUACCACGGGCUCAAACUCAAGGCUUUCCAGCCGGGCGCUGUCGCAUCGGCAUUAGGUAAGUCGUAAUUAUUACAGUACUAAAGAUUGAGGGAUGGAGCUGACAAUACACAGAGUUAGCAAAGGCAAUUGCGGUUCAACGGGAGCGAGAUGCCGUUAUGUCGGACGUGGACGCGGAAACAACCAAAGAGGGCGAUCUCCGAUGGCCAGUUAUCAAAAACCACGCCCACCAGAAUGACAGUAGCGGCCGGCUAGCAAUGCAGCAAGCUCGAUUUCAAAAAGAAUAUAUCGACAUCAUCCCAGCCGCCUGGAAAGUGGUAUCAGUCAUGCUUAGUGAAAGUCGGGAUGAGCUUGUGUUAGCUAAGUUCGAGGCCGGGCACUCUCCUUUCAUCCUGCGAGUACCUCUGGAGCGUAAUAGUUCACGGGACGCGGAUGAGGAAGUUUUCGGUUUUGACCAAGGCAAGGCAGAACUCCAUGAAAUCAUCGACCUCGCUAAUGCCAGUGCUCACGGAGGUCGUGAUGUCUCGAGUCGGGAAGGAAAGAUUGCGUGGUGGGCGGAGCGCGAUGAGCUAAACGUGAGGCUCAAGGAACUCCUUGAUAACGUUGAGAAGGUUUGGCUGGGUGGAUUUAAGGGGAUUUUCUCUCAGCAUACAAGACAACCCGACUUGCUGGCACGAUUCCAGAAAUCCUUCCAAAAUACCCUGGACAAGUACCUUCCAUCACGACAGCGAACGAAUAAGAGAAAGAAGGCGACAAGCCCUGGUGUCACUUUGGACCCACGGAUUCUUGAGCUCUUCAUCGGCCUCGGGGAUCCAUUCUCGGAGGACAGUGAUCUAGACGAGCCAUUGACCGACCUCCUUUACUUCGUCGUGGACAUUCUGCAAUUUCACGGCGAGCGCAAUGCAUACGACGAAAUAGACUUCGACUCCAUGGUUCUCGAUACGCUCGAUGCGCUCCGCUGCUACCAUCAAGCCGUAGCUAGCGCUGGCGUCUCAACCGAACAAAACCACACGGUACUGAUCCUCGACAAGUCUCUGCAUUCUCUCCCCUGGGAGUCUCUUCCAUGCAUGGAAGGCCAGGCCGUAUCAAGACUCCCAUCCAUGGGCUGCCUUCGCGACCGAAUCCUAAGCCAGCAAAAGAAAGUCGCUGCGGAGGGUCAGCCAGAAGGCACAUACAUCAACAGGAGCAAAGGCAGCUACGUGCUCAACCCCGGCCAAGAUCUCAAAACCACGCAAGCAACCUUCGAAAAGGGUCUUCAAAAACUCGACGACUGGAGCAGCGUCGUCGAGCGCGAGCCCACGGAGACGGAACUCAAAAACAUGCUCGCCAACGACGACCUGUACCUAUACUUUGGCCACGGCAGCGGCGCGCAGUACAUCCGCUCCAAGACGAUCAAGAAGCUCGAGACGUGCGCGACGACGUUCUUGAUGGGCUGUAGCAGCGCUACCCUCGUCGAUGUGGGUGAGUUCAUGCCCUACGGUCCGCCGAUGAGCUAUAUGAUUGCUGGUGCGCCGGCGGUGGUGGGCACGCUGUGGGAUGUGACGGAUAAGGAUAUUGAUCGGUUUGCAAAGAGCACGUUUGAGUCCUGGGGAUUGCAUGAGGGGAGUGCGCCGGCGGCGGUGGUGGAGAAGGUGCCGAAGACGCCGGGGAGGGGGAGGAAGAAGGCGGAGC